AUGGGUCUCCACUUGUCGAUCCCUGCAGGUCCUGACGUCAGGAUGGUGAUGAUUGGGAAAACUGGAGUUGGUAAAAGUGCCGUGGGCAACACCAUCGUGGGUAAAAAGGUAUUUGAGUCUUGUGCGAGUGCUCAGUCUGUGACGGAGACCUGCAAGAACGAAUGUGCCAGAGGUGUCAGAAAGAUCCACGUGGUCGACACGCCCGGGAUUCUGGAUACGGCUAAAUGUGCAGAUAGCAUCAAGACCGAAAUCGUUAAAUGCAUCAAGGUGUCCUCUCCCGGGCCUCACGUCUUCCUGCUGGUGAUGCAGAUCGGCAGGUUCACCAGAGAAGAAGAAAACUGCGUGGAAGCCCUGGAGCAGAUCUUCGGCCCCAGGGCGUCCGGCUUCAUGAUCGUUCUGUUCACCCGAGGAGACGAGCUGCAGGGCAGAAGCAUCCAGGAGUACGUGCAGACCGGACAUCCCAAACUCCGGGCGCUGUUAAACAGAUGCGGGAACAGGUACCACGUCUUCAACAACAAGAUCAGAAUCAACAGAACUCAGGUGGUGAGGCUGCUCAGGAAGGUCGAUGACAUGGUGGCGGCGAACGGGGGGACGUACUUCAGCGACCACAUGUAUGAGGAGGUCAAGCAGUGGCAGCAGGAGAACGAGAACAGAGCCGCAGCGGAGGUUCAAAACUUCUCCUUCCUGAACGAGCUGAUGCAGAGGGUCCUCAUGUUCCAGGCCAUUUUAUCCGCUCAGGAGAACAACCCCAACAACCCCAACAACCCCAACAACCCCAACAACCCCAACAACCUGAACCCGACCAGCCUCUCCCUCAACGUGAGACCCCCGAUGUGA